UCGGUUACAUUGGCUGCGUAGCCCUAGAUUUGGAAGAACAGUCCAGUCCCGUCGGAACUUCGACAGAGACAAGUAGGCGCUAUAUCAUUGCAGCUGAAGGCGGCUGCUCUAUUGAGAAGGGGGGAGGGGGCUGCGCGAGGGAGGAGGAGAGAAUUUGGAGCGGAGAUUUCGGAGUUUGAAUAAAAACGGAGAGGAAGGAGCGGUUGGCAGGAAACAUCUUCAGAAGGUGAAGAGAGAGACGGAGAGUUUCGGUCUUUCUACGUUCACCUGUUAGUUUGAAACGAUGAGUUUGAAAAACAAAUUAAUGCACGAGGUGCAUGCUGACACUCCGAUGAAGGCAACAUCGAAAGUCUCAAUUGUGGGUGCUGGACAGGUUGGCAUGUCGUGUGCGAUUUCCAUUCUACAGCAGCAUAUCGCUGAUGAACUGGCUCUAGUUGAUAGAGUGGCAGACAAACUGAGGGGUGAAGCUCUGGAUUUGCUCCAUGGUAGCCUCUUUCUGAAAUCCAAAAUUUCAGCAGACACAGACUUUCUGGUUACGGAAGAUUCCAAGAUCUGCAUCAUCUGUGCUGGUGUGAGACAGGCAGUAGGGGAAGUCAAAAGGAGACAGCUGCAGAAAAAUAUAGCUAUCUACAAGGAGAUCAUCCCUCAGCUGGUUAAGCACAGUCCAAAUGCUGUUUUGCUAAUUGUUACUAAUCCAGUGGAUAUCAUGACCUAUGUCGCCUGGAAACUGAGUGGCUUCCCAAAGCACCGUGUGAUUGGCACAGGCACAGACUUGGACACUGCUAGAUUUCGCUUCUUAUUGGGUGCAAAGCUGAGGAUUAAUCCAAUCAGUGUCCACGCUUACAUCAUUGGUGAACAAGGAGAUGAAAGUGUUGCUAUUUGGAGCAGCGCAAAUGUGGCUGGUGUCAACUUGGAGUCGUUGGAUGAAAAGCUUGCAAAUGAACAGGGAGAUCAGAUCCAUAAAAAGGUUAUAGAAAGCACCCAUGAUGUCAUAAGGCUGAAAGGAUACACUUCUUGGGCUAUUGGUUUAAGUGUGGCCAGUAUUGUGAAUGCAAUUUUGAAAAACAUUCGAUCCAUCCACCUGGUGUCCAUCAAUGCAAAAGAUGAGCACAAUAUCACAAACGAUGUCUUUCUCAGUCUCCCCUGUGUCUUGGGAAUAACGGGAGUAUGUGGAAUCUUGAGACAACGGCUCAAGGAGAAAGAAGAAACAAAACUGAAAAACAGCGUGGAAAAUCUUUUGAAGAUCCAGCGGGAAAUCGCAUUGUGAACAAAAUGCUAAGUACGAGAGCCCACUCAGUGAUGGAAAAUCAGUGCACCAUCACUUAUCGGUGUCACAUUAUGUAAAGUGUAUAUUCAUUGUGAAUCUUAGUCAAGUUGUUUGCAGUGUACAAGUCGUGCAGAAAUUAGAAUGUAUUUUAGAUAUUGCGGAUUAGCGUAAUAUGAAACCCAAUAACUAAUGCAAUAAAUCAGAAACCAAAUCACAAGCAUGCUACCUUAACAGCGAGCUCCAAUUUGCUAUCCAUAUUACAGUUAAGAAAUACAGCAGCCUCGGAGGGUUAACGAUUAACAAAUGAUAAGGAUAUCCUGAAAACAGUAGUGUCCAAAUCGAAUCCCAUAUCUUAAAAAGUAAUAACACUUUAUAAAGGAGUGUACCAGACUUGAAUAACUAGAACAUUAAUAUUACUCCAGUAAAUGCAGUGAUAUAUGACUAGGUGCGAGUGUUUUAACAUUUAAGCUCCACUGCACCCUGUCUGCAAUCAGCCUCAAUGUAAAAAUUAAAGGAUGCUUUAAAAUGGAGGUCUUAACACCAAACUGUCAACUUGGCCAAAUGACCUCCAUUGUCUAAAUGUACCAGUUUUACUAAUGCGAUUGAAUCUCUGUGUAGUAACACAGACUGACCUUUGGGACGUAUUGUUCUUGUUUAUAAGCACAAUGCAGCAGCAUUAUAUUUGCACUGAAUCGGAAGUGAUAAUAAGAUUUUCCUCAUUGAGUCCAUGGAAGCUGUGCAGGGUACAUUUCAAGUCCACAUAUGAUUGCUGAAUAUUGUGUCAGGAAUUUAGCCAACUUAUUCUAAAUGUCAUGCUUUCAGCCAGUGACUAAACCAACUGAUUUUUGCUACAAAAUUGAGGUUUUUCAAUUGCUGCCUAAGCAACAAUGUGGAGGGAAAAUUGGCACCAAUUAUCGCAAAUUUACAGUGAAAAUAAAAAGCUGGAAAUACAUAGCUGGCCCCUCAACAACUGUGAUAACCACAGGUUAAAUAUUUCGCGUUAAUUCUUCCAUAUUUUCAGUUUUUAAUUGGAGGUUCCAGCAUUUAAAGUUCCCACUCCCCCAUAUGCAUUCCUGUCUAGGUUUCCACCCCAGCUUUCUGCUGACACUAACAGACUUGCUGCACUUCGGCAGCAUUCGGGAAAAAGGUGGCCUCAAGCACCAAUGGUUCAGAUUUCUGAGGCUGCUGGGUUGCUUCGGUAUACGGAAUCCGAAAAAAUCAAACAGCAUAUCCUUGUUCAGAAAGCACACUUUUUAAAACUGCUUUUUAAAAUUUCUGGGAAAGAGAAGGAAUGUGACAGUGUAGUCUUCCUCGACCAAUAUUUCUCUAAUCGUAACUCCCAGUUUGGAUGUUAAUUUAAGGAAUAGGAAAAUUUGCCUCAUUGCUUCAAACAUUCUAUUGCAGACUGCCCUUUGGUUAAUAAAUUGCUUACUUUUACGAAUUAUAAUUUCUACUUUGAUUUGAUUUAUUUAGUUAUCCUAAUCCUGUUGUUGACUUGAAACAACAUUUAUAUUUCCAGCAUUUAGAACGGGCAAAGGUAUUACCUAAACUGAAACAAAAGGAAGGAACAUUCAAUAUCCUCUUUUAUUCUGGAAUUGUGAAAGCCAGCCUUUCUUUUAAAAAAAAGCAAAAUCUGUGAAUAUAAGACAGUGCAUAUCUGGGACACAGUCAUUUCUAAAACAUUGUGUUAUCUAUUGCCAUGUGGGACCUGAUUCUAAUUCUGUGCAAGUGGAUGGAUUUUGAAUGAAUUAAAAUUUCACCCAUUAAAUCAGUCUUGGUGUUUGACUCUCAGUACAUUUCCUGUAAAGUUACUGAAGAAAUUCCAUACUAAGAUAUUUCUUCUGUUUUCACGUGAUAGAUUGUGAUUCAGUAGUGUGCAUCUUUCUUUGGUUA